GGCGCCCCCCGCCUGCGACUCCGCCAUGGAAGUGCUGCGGCGCUCCUCCGUCUUCGCCGCCGAGAUCAUGGACGCCUUUGACCGCUCGCCGACCGACAAGGAGCUGGUGGCCCAGGCCAAGGCGCUCGGCCGCGAGUUCGUGCACGCGCGGCUCCUGCGCGCCGGUCUGGCCUGGAGCGCGCCUGAACGCGCCGCGCCCCCGGGCGGCCGCCUGGCGGAGGUGUGCGCCGUGCUGCUGCGCCUGGGGGACGAGCUGGAGCACAUCCGACCCAGCGUUUACCGCCAUGUGGCGCGCCAGCUGAACCUGUCCCUGCAGUCCGAGACGGUGGUGACUGACGCCUUUCUGGCCGUGGCUACACACAUCUUCUCUGCAGGCAUCACGUGGGGCAAGGUGGUGUCCCUGUAUGCGGUGGCUGCCGGGCUGGCUGUGGACUGCGUGCGGCAGGCUCAGCCGGCCAUGGUCCACGCCCUGGUAGACUGCCUGGGGGAGUUUGUGCGCAAGAGCCUGGCGCCCUGGCUACGGAGGCGAGGCGGAUGGACUGACAUCCUCCAGUGUGUGGUCAGCGCGGAGCCCAGCCUGCGUGCCCACUGGCUGGUGGCCGCACUCUGCGGCUUCGGGCGCUUCCUGAAGGCCAUCUUCUUCACGCUCCUGCCUGAGAGAUGAGCACCUUGAUACUGGAGGAGCCCUCGGCGCUGGACCAGGAGGCACUCGCCCACCCCCAAGCCCCCUGCCUGGGAGCCCUGUGGGCAUGCAGGAGGGACAGGCCCCUGCUCUGGAGCUGGGAGCACCCAGUUCCACUGCCCCCCGGAACUAGUGAGUUCUGCUUCCAGACCUGGGGGUGGGGGUGGGCGGGCUGGGGGCUGGGAAGGCACUCACCCCACUCCUGCAGGGGUCCCAGGACUGAGCUGGGCUCAGUCUCCAUGGGUUGCGGGCCCUGUAUGUUCAAGUGACGUGUGCACAGGCCUGGCCAGCCCAGGUUCCCCCACGCCCCACCCCAGGGUCCAGCACAACCUUAACUGGAGUGGACUGCUUGGCCGGAGUUUCAAGAGUGGGGGUGUGUCUCUGACCAGGACAGCAUCCUCCCAAUAAAGCCUCAUGUCCCCCA